AUUGGGCGUCGCGUUAGGCCGCGCCCCUCUUUUCCCCACCGCGUUUGAAACGAUGAAUGGGAACUAGGUCGAGGGGAAGAGUGGGAAACAUCCAAUUUCAGGUCUCAAGUGGUCGCACAAGACGUAGGGACGAGUAGUCAGCGGUUGAACCGGGGUCCUCAACUGUUCACGCAGACUUAAGUAAGCUAUUUACAACAUGGAAUCUGAGGAGCUCCACUCAAACAUCCCGAGUGAACUCCAGCCUGCUCCUAUGGGUGCAGGUGACAUGGAGGCUGUGGAGGCUCUGAUGUCCAUGACUAAGCACUGGAAAAGCAGGAACUUCAGACUCAGACACUUCAGACCCCUGACUCCGUCCUCAGACUGCUCAGAGGACGACUCUGUCCCCCUGGGGUCUGGUGUGCUACAGGAUUCUCAUUUGUGUAUGACGCCACCGUACAGCCCACCCCACUGUGAGGCCACCCAUCCACCCUCGGCAGCAACCUUGCAUCAACUUGCACUAGCUGGAAGUCCGACCUGGCAGCCAGCAUUAGAGACACAUCUGCACACGCAGACUGCUGCUUCUCAGCAGAGGUUCCAGUGCACCAGUGUAAUCCGCCAUACCGCAGAUGGCCGGCACUGCUGCUGUAGCGUCCAUCCUGUCUCAAAAGAAGACAGACUCGGUCGAGUUCAUACAAAAGACUCUAAAAGAGAUUUGAACUCUGAAGAUGGGCAAAAAACUAGAGACUCUGAGAGGAUUAUUAUAAUGCACUCUGACUCUAGGGCUGCCACGCCACAGAAGCCUUUAACUGCGACUUUGCCAAAUGUGGCUGAGGACAGCCAGACUCAGAUGAGUCUUUCAGGCCCAGAUGAUGAAUCAAACACACCUCAGUCUUGCGCCUCCGCCCCAGCUGGUGUUAAUGGAGUCUCCCCCGUGCCCGUCUACUGCCAGUUUCUCUCUGUCUCUUCUCUUUCCGCCGCUGUUGUGCAAAAGCCCGUCACAGCCUCUGAGAGUCAGAGGCAACACACACCGCAAUGUGUAAGUGCCGCAUCAGCAGCCUCAACUCUGCACACACAUCAACAACAGCAGCACAAACAACAACUUGCUCUACUGCAGCCACAAACCCAAGCAGCUUCUUCUGCCCAGGUCUUCCUCCUUGGGGGUCAGGUUGCAAAAGGACCCCUAAUGCUCCUUGUCCCUCAGCCGGCUAUUCCUACUGUCUACGUUCAGCCAGCGCUGGUGACAUCUGGUGGCACCAAGUUACCAGCCAUCGCCCCCGCACCUGGUCGUACCCUGUUGGAGCAAAGGCAAAGUCCACUGCAGCCAGAGUUGUCCCGUGUUCGCAGUCACGUCUGUCCCCAUGAGGUAUGCAGGAAGACCUACUUCAAGAGCUCCCACCUCAAGGCCCACAUGAGGACACACACAGGUGAGAAGCCCUUCAGAUGCAAGUGGGAGGGCUGUGAGAGGCGAUUCGCUCGCUCUGAUGAGCUGUCUCGCCACCGACGGACCCACACAGGAGAAAAGAAGUUUGUCUGCCCCAUGUGCCUCAGCCGCUUCAUGCGCAGUGACCACCUGGCCAAGCACACCCGUAGACACCUAGCAGCAAGGAAGACGCCCUGCUGGCAGUUAGGGGUCACCCAAGCUGCUGAGCUCACUGCUUCCACAGCACUCUGUCUCUCCAUGUCAAACUCUCUGUGAGGGAUCCAAAUGAGACACCAAAGUUAAAACUGUGAAACUGUAUUAUUGAAUGUAAGAUUUCUUUGUGGCUGGGCCUCACAGCACAGAGGAUUAUGUGCCUGAUUUGUACAUGUCAGCGUCCAGCGGAACAGUUGCACAACACUGCUAAACCUAAAAGUAAAUGAAAACGCAUGUAAAGUCUUUGCUUUGCUGUUCCUUUAUUAUUAUUAUAGCUGAACAUGAACGAGGUGAUGAGACUGUUUACAUUUGACUCAACUACUCUAUUUCCUUAAACCGAGCAAUCACACUGAAAGUAUCAAAUGUAGAUAGUAAUCUCUGAGUAACAUUCAUAACACUUUUACAACUCAUGCUAAAUUUUAUGUUUACCUUUCAGUGAUAUUUGACCAAAGAAUGCUGAAUAUUUAUAUAUAUAAAUAUAUAUGAGAAUAUACAAGAAUCUAUUUGUUAUGCAACAGUUUUGCACAAUGCGGUUUUCUUGGAGGGAAAGUAGAAUUCUGAAUUAAACUUGAACACAUGUAUUUU